AUGAGCACCCCGAGGUUCUUGACGCCCGCCAGGGUGGUGAUGCUGGCACUGCUGGAGCUUUAUGUUGCCGAGGCCGUGCCGAGUUACGCGUUCCUCAACGUGUGCUCCUUUCUGGCGGCCGAACUCAUCGAGAGCGGUCCGUCCGAUCCCGGCAUGUCCGGGAGGAGCUGGUCCAAGGCACAGCGGACCGUCCGGACUAUCGUGUCCAUACAGGAUUUCGAGGCGCUUCUCCUCCCGCACAUGUCGGCCAUCGGCCUGCCGGGGCGGCGCCUCUGGGAUGUCUUCCUGAAGCGCCUCUGGGAUCUCAAUUCGCUCCACAAGAUGCAAGAGUUUUUCGAGUACAUCCCCGUCAUGUUGGCUCUGACCAGAGAAGAGAAGCGCCGCAUGGCCGAAGCCGGCCAGGACAUACCGCCCGAGGAGACGAUCCGCUUCACGGCCAACUCGCCGUGCGGCAAGUUCAUUCGGCGGUGUUACCUCGAAUUCUUCCGGCUGCGCUUCCACGACGUGGGCCAUCUCUGGAAGGAAUUCGUCAGGUACAGACAGCCGACGGUGGCGUAUGUCUCCAAGAGAUACCACGAUUUGCCGGCUCUGAGUUUUGAUUCAGUACUACAAGAGGGCCAGCACGAGUGGCUCGAUCGAACUGGCGAUGUAGCUAGUGUCGUGUAUGGUGACGUACUUGUUGACCCGCAAGCUGCGCAGCUACCCGUCUCCGCGGAAGAUGCUGAAAAGCUGCUCGAGUUUCAAGUCGACCAGAUGCAGAGUGGGUUCACCUACCUUGUCGUCUAUCUGCAACGAGGUCGCAGGGGCAUCAGUGCUGACUUUCCGGCUUGCAGAGUACAACACGCGUGUUCCUCCCCAGUUGAGGCGUCAAUUCCACUUCCUUCUGAAGGAUGUUUCUAUGCUUCCGAGUCUGUCACACUAUCUGAGGUACCUACUCUCGUUCUCCCUUUGCGCCCGGACCGCCUAUUCUACCAAUACGCCCUCUUGAACCUGGCGGUGCUCCAAGCCGACUUCGGCUGCUACAAAGAUGCAGUCUCGGCCAUGUUGGAGACGGUGUCGACGGCGAGAGAGAACCGAGACAACACAUGCCUCAACUUUGCCCUGAACUGGCUCUUCCACUUUGGACAGGCGCAUCCAGAGUUUGUCAGCGAGCUCGAGUCCAACAGCAUGCUUGGCUCCAGGAAAGAAAGCCUGGCCUAUAUGAGGGUCAAGGCCAAGGAGACUGGCGCAUGGGCUCUCUGGAGUAGCUCUCUGCUCAGUGAAGCCAAGAUGGGCAUGUCACAUGGGGACAGUGUCGCAACUUGUGCCGAGUACAUGGUCCGGAGCUCCCAAGUCAUUGUGCGGCGGAACCUCAAGACCAUCAUGGGCCCGCAGCUCAACGUCUCCAUUUCUUUAUGGGAUAGGCUUGGCUUGGCCUCCCUGUCACGCAUGACGUGCGAAGUCUUCCUUCGAUGUCACGCGCGCAACUCGACCUUUGAGGAUGAGCUCAAAGUCAUGAGUCGCCUUUCCUCGUUGCUGGCUGGGAGGGGGAAGUACGACGAGGCCAUGGAAAAGCUGGAGAGCAUCGACAAGAACUCACUGCGGACAUGGAAGUCGAGUCAGUUCUGGCGCAAAUACCGUGGGUUCUUGAAGCUGCGGAGAGAUCUGCACCGCAACGACCUAGACGGCGCCGAACACUUGCUGUCCCAGCUCCUGCAAUGCCAAAAAGACGAACCUCACUCCGACAUGUCGUUCAUUAUCGACGCCCUGCACGUCGAGUUCCUCGAGCGUCGGGGAGAUUUCCAAGCUGCGUUUGCUAAGGUCGAGCGGCUACUGGAAAGCAUCAGCGACACGGAUCAUGAUAUCAUGCUACGUAUGAGGUUAUUUCUCGUCAAGGCUCACCUCUACAGCAAAGCCGGACGCCCGCAACGAGGCUUCGCGCUCUCCAUGCGCGCCGCCCGUCUGGCCUGGCGCGCCAGGUCCAUGCCCCUGCUGUGGCAGGCGAUCGGGGCCGUGGCCAACGUGCUGAUAUCCCUCGGCGAGUUUGAGGCCGCGGCCCAGAUGCUGCUGCCCGUCAUCCCGCGCGCCAUAGAGUGCGACGGCUCGUACACGGUCGGCGAGCUGUACUCGCUCCUGGCGGACGCUUACGUGGGCUGCGCCGGCGAGGAGGAUGCCGCUGCCGCUGCCGCUGCCGGCUCGACGACGACGACGAGGCGGGCGGAGCUGAACAAGAAGGCGCACGCGACGCUCGAGAGGGCCUCGCUCUGCUUCACGGCUGUCGAGGACGUGGAGAAGCAGUGCGAGAUGCUGGCGAAGCAGGCGGCGGUCAUGGCGGCGCUCAGGGACAAGGCGUCGGCCAAGGUCUACCUCGACCAGUACCGUGUCUUGAGGAAGGUACCGGGAGGGGUCUGA